UGCCCCGUAACAUCAUCUUUAAUCAGUAUACUUCAAGGUUAGGGAGGAGCACUUAAAAUUUUUUGGUGUAGGAACCACAGGAUGUUUCAAAAAUAUAAGUUGGAAAGCUGAAGAAAUAGCUGGUUAGACUAAUCCUAGCAGUUAUAUACAAUUUUGUUUUUGCUAUACAAAUAUUCCCACCUCAAUAGGCUUCUUGCUAAUAACAUUUAAUCACUUAACAAAAUGUCUUUCAUGUCCAGAGGAAUUACUAGACCUUGAAUAAAUUAAUUGUACUACUUGUAAAAAAGUGUAUUUAAAUGUCAUUGGAAAACCACUGCAGUCUCCCAGAUCAGCCUUGAACUUCUUCAGUGGAAUCUGGGAGUUCCAGGGCAGACUCUUAUUUGGCCUGAAUAUCCCUGGUUCCAUUUUGAAACUAGCCGGGACCAGUUUCAUACGAUGCCAACCUCUCUUUUUCUGCUAUUUUCACCUUAAUCUCUUCACUUAGCUCUACAAACUUGAGGCUGCCCUUGCUGUUCAGACAUCAUGUCCUCAUAUAUUCUUGCCAUAUACCACUCUCUUGGCCAUUUUGCCCUUUGAAAGGCAAAAGUUCCUGAAAGCCAUGGGGAAGCGUGAAAGAGUUCUCCAAGAUAAGAAAAACAGCUUAAAAAUAAUUCAGAGGUACCAAGAGACUGAGAGAAAACACAGGAGGGACGAAUACUGUUAAUGACCUGAGCACUGCAGAAAGCGAACAGCCUCCAAGCUGAGCGGACAACAUGAAGGUCUCUCUGUUGCUGCUCUUCCUCUUCCUUCAUACUCCCUACUGCUCCUCCCAGGUUGUUGGAAUCCGGGGAGAUGCUCUGGAAAAGUCCUGUGCUCAGCAGCCCCUGGACUGUGAUGACAUCUAUGAACAGGGUGACCAAACCGAUGGGGUUUACCUCAUCUAUCCCUCAGGACCCAGCGUUCCUGUGCCGGUCUUCUGUGAUAUGAACACCGAUGAGGGCAAAUGGACGGUUUUCCAGAAGAGAUUCAAUGGCUCUGUCAGUUUCUUCAGAGGCUGGAAUGACUACAAGCUGGGCUUUGGUCGAGCUGAUGGGGAGUACUGGCUGGGGCUGAAGAACAUCCACCUCCUGACUCUGAAGCAAAAGUAUGAGCUCCGUGUAGACUUGGAAGAUUUUGAGAACAAUACAGCCUAUGCCAAGUACACAGAAUUCUCUAUUUCCCCCAACGCUAUCAAUGCAGAGGAAGAUGGCUACACUCUCUAUGUAACUGGUUUUGAAGAUGGGGGAGCAGGUGAUUCUCUUUCCUACCACAGUGGCCAGAAAUUUUCCACCUUUGACCAGGACCAGGAUCAAUUUGUGCAGAACUGCGCCGCACUCUCUUCUGGGGCCUUCUGGUUCCGGAGCUGUCACUUUGCCAAUCUCAAUGGCUUCUAUCUGGGGGGGACCCACGUUUCCUACGCCAAUGGUAUCAACUGGGCCCAGUGGAAAGGAUUCUAUUAUUCCCUUAAGCGUACUGAGAUGAAGAUUCGUCGUGUCUGAGGGCAGCACCCCUUUAUAUAGCUGUCAUAGUCCUCACUCUCAUCUUUCAACCAGCUCUCUAUUCAGCUACCGGCUUAUGUGGCUAUUCAUUUUUCUACUGACUCCCCUACCCUUGGAUUCUUGCUAUUUGUCAGUUAGCACUUAUUCCUGGCUCCUAAGCCAAUGGCCUUUGCUUUUUACUCAGCUGCUGUCAGGCCAACCUAUAUCUAACUCAUUUUUAUGCUCAGAUAACAAUAAAAAGCAGAGUGGUGUAGUGGAUACAGGGCAGCCUUGGAGUUAGGGAAGACCUGGGUUCAAGUCCUCUCUCUAACACAAACUAUCUAGAUUGUCCUGGUUAAGUCAUGUAACCUAUGUCCAAAGACAACUCUCUAUGGCUCGACUACAAAUAAAUUAUUUAUCUACAGGAAUGGGAUUUUCUUUUACAGGAAAUUCCCUACAUCAAUGAAAUUACAUGUCUAGACCAAAAAGACCAAAACAAAACAAAACCUAAACCCACCCAAACUUUGCUAUUAUUCAGAUGUUAACCCUAUGCCCGAUCUAAUUUUUUAUGUCCAGCUAAUACCACCCUAUCUAACCUAAGGCCCAUUACAUAUAGUGUUGCUCCCUCCCUAAAGUGGCUGAACUAAAUGAACCAACUGUUAACCUCUGCCAUCCAAGUGGGGCUGUUUACUGUUUACUAGUCCCUGGAUUUUCUAAUGAGCUGUGCCCAGAAACCAGCUUGGUUUGGCUAUCACCCUCAGCUAGGACUAUUUACCCACCCCAGAAAUGGGGUUUUUGCCACUUAUCAUUAUGAUUGUCAUUGGGGUCACCAAAGAGUCGGUAGUUCAUUAGCUGUGGUCUCUUAAAUUCCAAACUGGAGCCAAGCUGCCUUUGGCAGUCUUCCUCGGCUGUCAAUUCUUCACUCCAGGGCCAGCUAAUAUCAUGCUGUCAUAAUGAGCUGUUGCUAUGUCCCACUACAGAGCCAACUCCACUCUGCUGUUUAUAUAUAAUGGCUGCCAACUCUCCUACCCUAGAACUCCACUAUUGUCAUCAUAUCCUUUCCUGAAACCUUACUGCACUUCAGAGGUGAGUAUCAGAAAGGGCCACACUUGAGUACCAGCUGUGCCUAACCUCCUCCACUCCCUCAAAACUAGUUACCCUCUGUUCUAUUUCCCAGUUUAUAUUGUACACUAUUGAUAAAGAUGUAUGCAGUCCAGUCAUCCCACCCCAUCCGAUCAAGUGCAUUUUAGUCGCAAGUAUAAGGAAGGAGGGUGGGAAGGAAAUGGCUCAUUGUUGGGAUGAAACUAUCUUAUCACAAUACCUUAAGUCUACUCCCAGUCAGCAGUUCCUACAUCCCUUCAGACUGUGAUCUUCAGGCAGGGGACAAAACCCAUCUCUACUGCAUUUGCUGGGAGCAUGAAGUAGAGAAGGGAGAGAUAGGAUAAGGAGUAGACUAGCUAUGGCAACAACAAAGUGGAAGUCACAAUUUGUCAAUAAACCUACAGGACUACUCAAUCUAAAGAAACUGUUUCUUUUGUUGAUAGCUUGAAAGAAUUUGCUAGACUUUCAAAUGGCUCCUCAGACCAGGUAUCCUGUGCUCCCAAUAUUCUCCCUUUCAAAUAUUUCUCUCAAUUCCCCAAAUGACACUUGUAGACAGAAAUAAGG